AUGAAAAAUGAUGAGAAACGAAUAGAGUGUGCGACAGAAAUGACGACGGACAUGAAACGCAGAGGCAUCUCCUUUGACGACAUAAUGAACAUGCGGUUGAACGCGGCGCAACGCGAUGCCAUUCUUCAAUGUAUUCAGUUCUUGGAUCCGCAAUAUCACGUACAGUAUAGAGACAUCGACAGCGCAUACAACUGCAAAUUAUUACAGAAUCUGAUGAUAGAGAGCAAUCGUCAGAGUCCGGCCAAAGGAGUAGUAGUCAUGAAUGAACUGCGGGACAUGGUGCAUACACAGGUCGAUAUGGAAAGGCAGUGCGAGCUGGAGGUGAAGAGUAUCGCGCCGUUCACCGGAGAUCCCGACGUUAGACAGCAAGCUAUCGAACGAAUCGCGGAAUGGGAAAAAUCUUGGAAAUUAGUCGUGGCGCAUGCUUUCGAGAGGAACUUGACUUAUCAAAAACAAAAAGAGUUGAUGAUGAAACCCGAUUUCAAAGCAUUGCACCCGUUUCUGCAAGUGCUACCCAAGGAGGAGUACAUCAACGCGAUUCUACGUGAAAUUAACCAACUGGCCAGAUUCUCCGACGCGUAUAGCACUUCCGUAACGAAUUUAUAUAUAACACUAGGAAGAUACAUUUACAAAAAGUAUCAGUUUCAGCGAAAGAUGAAAGCCGGUGUCAUAGAAAACUCUAUUCAAAUCUACGAAAAAUAUUUGGAAUGGUACAUGCGGAAAAAGCCCGUUGACAGCGUUAACGGGCGCGUCAAAUGGCAGCAACUCGCUCAGAAAGCCAACCAGUCCGGCAUUUGCUCCGAAAUGAUAGUGCCAGAGUGGCCUCGUAACAUCUUGCUAAGCGUUGGCGAGUUUCUGUACAAAAUAAUUCUAAAUGACGUGAAGAUUUGUCAUGUAUCCAAACCUGACGCAUCCGAGCGACAGAUACCCGCAUUCUACUUGCUCUUCAGAAAACAGACCAAUCAUUUCUUGACAGAGGAGAUUAAACCGCAUCCUUACUUACACAGGCUCUACAAAGACUCGCAUCCAGAAACGUUGACCUUUGAGACGAUUCUCUUGCCGACGUGCUCGCCGCCGCGGCCGUGGGUCGAUAUAGAUACCGGCGGCUAUUUGUUCUCCAAGGCAAGCUUCAUCCGUGAUCCGUAUAUGCUUGCUAAGAAAUAAUCGACGAGGCAAUUAUACCCUGCACUCGAUUGCCUGAAUCAACUCGGUUCGAUUCCAUGGAAAAUCAAUGUGCCCAUGCUGGAUAUUCUGAUCCAGAUCUUUCAAGAGGGAGGUUCGGAGAAACUGGACGUACCUCAACCACCUUCGGCGCUACCGUCUCUGUCCGAAAUAAUCUCGUCAAGCGACAUGGAUAAAAGUAAGAUAACGAAAAUGGCGCUUCAACUCAGGCGCAGGAAGAACGAAAUGUAUUCGCUAUGGUGCGAUUGUCUCUAUAAGUUAUCCCUCGCUAAUCACUUUAGAGACAAGGUAUUCUGGUUGCCGCAUAAUCUAGAUUUUAGAGGCAGAGCUUACCCGGUGCCACCUCAUCUGACUCAUCUCGCCUCGGACUUGGGUCGCUCGAUUCUCAUGUUCGCCCAGGGAAAACCUUUAGGUCCGAAGGGUCUGGACUGGUUGAAAAUUCACGCGAUAAAUUUGACCGGUAUGAAGAAGAGGGAGCCGAUAGACGAGCGGUUAAAAUUCGCAAACGAGAUAUUGGACUUGAUUGUGGACAGCGCGAGAAAUCCAUUGACGGGAGAAAUGUGGUGGAUUAAGUCCGAUGAACCGUGGCAAACUCUGGCGGCGUGCAAGGAGAUAGACAAUGCCCUGCAGUCUCCGAACGUUGAGAAGUACAUCUGCAGAUUACCGAUUCACCAAGACGGCAGUUGCAACGGAUUGCAGCAUUAUGCCGCUCUCGGGAGGGACCAGAUCGGAGCGGAAAGCGUGAACUUGUAUCCCUCGGAUACACCGCAGGAUGUAUAUAGCGUUGUUGCUAGUAUGGUUGAUGAAUACAGGAAGAUUGACGCGGAGGCCGGCAAUGAAGUAGCUAAAGCCUUGGAAGGAUACGUCACGAGGAAGGUCAUCAAGCAGACGGUGAUGACCACAGUGUACGGUGUUACAAAAUUUGGCGGUAGACUUCAAAUCGCCCGGCAACUGAGCGACUUGAAAGACUUCAAUCAGGAUUAUACUUGGAACGGCAGUCUGUACCUGGUCGAGAAAACGUUUCAAUCCCUCCGAACUAUGUUCACGAGCGCGAAAGAGAUCCAGGAUUGGUUUACAGACUGCGCCCGUGUUAUCUCGACCAGAUGCAAUCAGAACGUGCAGUGGGUGACGCCGUUAGGUCUUCCGGUCCUACAACCCUACUUCAAACGUAUCAAGUCACCUAGUCAGAACAAGCUCGUUAGGAAGCCGGACACUUUAAAGCAAAAGAACGCCUUUCCGCCGAAUUUCAUUCACUCAUUGGACUCCAGUCACAUGAUGCUGACGAGCUUGUAUUGCGAACAAGCGGGGAUUACGUUCAUGUCGGUACACGAUUGUUUCUGGACGCAUGCAUGCACCGUAGACAUUAUGAACAGAAUCUGUCGGGAGCAAUUCAUCGCACUUCACUGCGAGCCCAUUCUCGAAGAUUUGUCAAAGUUCCUUUGUAAACGAUACGAAAAGCACUUUAUAAGCGGCCAAGGGUUCGUAAAACAAAGAGACAACGAUCUUUCAUUGGAGGUUUUUAAAAAGCUGCCAAAAAAGGGUGACUUUGACAUUAGCAAAGUCCAAUCAUCUCAAUACUUCUUUAGUUGAACUUUAGAUGUGUAGCUUUAUGUUUCCUCGAAACAUAAAUUUAUACAAAUGUAUAGAAUGCCUAUGGGCAUGUUACGAAUGUAAAUCUUUAAUUUAUCUUGUAAAUUCUCUUAAUAAUAUAUGACUUGGAUGGUC